AGCUCUAGAACUAGAAUGCGCAGCUGCAUACUUUUUCCAAGAAAGAUUCGUACUCGAUCCUCGUCCGAGCAUUCGACUCGCAGCCCAUAGACUGUGGGCGCGCGCCCACAAUAUUUGGGGUGCGACGACGAACACGAGACCGACCGUGCCGGCCCACUUCACCUGUUUCCUCUAUUUUUUUUUUCCUUUACAGUUCACACGCGCGAGAGCGAGACUCCCCUCUUCCUCUGUCCCUGUGCCGCCGCUGCACUGCAAAGACGUCCAAGACGAAGAGCCCGGGGAAACGACAUGUGCGGGGGAGCCAUCCUUGCCGAACUCAUCCCCGCGCGGGUGCACCGCCCGCUGACGGCCUCCACGCUCUGGCCAGCGGCCGGCCUGCGCGGGACCAUCACCGGCGGCAAGCGGAAGGCCGAUGAUGACUUCGAUGACUUCGAGGACUUCGAGACCGAGUUCCAGCUUUUCGACGACAAGGAGUUCGACUUCGACGACGACCAGGAGCCGUCUCCCCCAGCUUCGCCUAAGGCCGGCGGCUGCGCCCGCAAGCCGAAGGCUGCCAUUGCUCCUCCUCCUGCUGCUGCUGGUACGAUCAGUCAGACCACCACCACCACCACACUCCAACAUGGAGCGCGCGCACGCGCACGCGCACGCGCGCCGUUUUCAGCAGGUGCCUCCACUUCCACGAAUCCGACGACCCCACGCAACAAGAAGUACAGGGGCGUCCGGCGCCGCCAGUCAGGCAGGUGGGCCGCCGAGAUCAGGAACCCGCAGCUGGGGCGUCGCGCCUGGCUCGGCACGUACCACACCCCCGAGGAGGCCGCCCAGGCGUACGACCGCGAGGCCCGCCGGAUCCGCGGGAAGAGGGCGCGGCUCAACUUCCCCCUCAUCCCGCACCAGGGUCCCGCGCCCGCCCCCGCCCCCGCGCCCGCUCCCGCCCCCGCGCCCACGCCGACGCCGACGCCGACGCCGGUGGCCAUCGAUCUCAACUUGCCGCCCGCCUCCGACGACCUCGACGACCCGGCUUCGGCUGGUGACGGCGACGGCAAGACGGGUGCUGACGGAGAUGCAGAGAUGGCCGGCGAGAGCACGCUAGUGCGGGUCCAGGAACUGAUCGCGCAGGGACCUCGCGACGAGCGGCUGGUGGCGAGGAUCGUGCCUGAGCUGAUGAGGCACGGCAGCAGGGGCGAGGCUACAGCGGCCGACUUCAGCCGUCAGAUGGAGGAGAUCGCUGCCUUGCGGAGGGACCUGGAGACACGCGAGAGGCAGCUUGUUGAGCUGGUUUCCCAAGUGCUUCGUUGAUCACUCACUAGUCACUCCGAUGAUGAUGUCUCAGCUCCAUCCUCGUGCUGAAACUGAAAUGCUGGUGUUUGGAGAAUUUUUAUUUGAUUCCAUUGCCGUCGAUGGACUAUUAUAGAUGGCUGAAUGAUGACUGUGAAGUUUGAACAAUGUGUUUGUAAGAGAAGAGCACUAGAACAGUUACCUACUCUUACAGUUACAGUUCUGUUUGCAGCUUAUUUCUAGAGUUUUUUUUUUUUCUGGGAAACUCUGUCCUGAGUGUUAAAGGACCUGAAUGCUCUUGGACCUGAUAAUGUCUUACUUGAUUGCUGAAUAAGGCAUACUGGGUAUUUGGAAUA